UCCACGUUGGACUCUCCCAUUCAACACAUACUACUCAACAUGGUUUUCGGCAUUACGCAGGCUCGUUCUCGCUUCCCCGCCUUGAAUCAGGAACAAGUUUUCCUGGACAAUGCAGGAGGCAGCCAGGUGCUGGACUCGGUGAUUGAAUCCGUCACCUCUUACCUCUCAAAGACCAACGUUCAACUGGGCGCAACCUACAAUAUCUCCAAGGUGUCAACUGCAUCAUAUGGUCAUGGCUACGAAGCAGCAGCAAAGUUCAUCAAUGCAAAGCCGGAGGAGAUCAGCCUAGGGGUCUCCACGACCCAGCUGCUGCACAACCUCUCCACUGCACUAGACUUUCAGCCAGGGGACGAGCUUAUCGUGUCAAAGUUGAACCAUGAGGCCAACUCAGCCCCCUGGGACAGGAUCGCGCGCCGUUUGGGCCUGACCGUCAAGUGGUGGGGAGCUGCAGACCCCCGCAAUCCGGUUUGCGAUCCCAAUGAUCUGAAGCAGCUAAUGUCGGAGAAGACGAGGCUCGUCGCGUGUCCCCAUGCUUCGAAUAUCACUGGAACCAUCACAAACGUCAAAGAGAUUGCAAAGAUUGUGCAUCAGGCCCCCAGGGCUUUGCUUUGCGUUGACGGGGUUGCUCUUGCUCCACACCGCCAGGUCGAUGUUAAGGAUCUUGAUGUUGAUUUCUACGCAUUCUCGUGGUACAAAGUUUAUGGGCCUCAUAUAGCCCAGCUGUACGCUGCAUCACGUAUCCAUGAUCAGAUCAACCCUCUUUGUCACUACUUUAAAAGCACAGAGACCCUCGAUCUGAAGCUGAACCUAGCUUCGGCCAAUUACGAACUGACGCAAAGUAUUCCACGUGUUCUGGAUUAUUUCGGCCCCGAUUUCUCUGCCACAUGGGAUCAAAUGGCCACGUAUGAGGAGAAGCUGCAGAAGAUCCUUCUUGACUUUCUCAAAAGCAAUGACCGCGUGACCAUAUAUGGCGAGCCUUCUGCGAAUAAGGAGCUCCGGGUCCCAGUGAUCAGCUUCACCGUGAAGGGUAUCAAAAGUCAAGCUCUUGUCGAGGAGGUUGAAAAGAGAAGUCCUUUUGGCUUCCGCAGUGGACAUAUGUACAGCCAUCGGUUGAUCAAGGACAUCAUUGGUCUGGGUGAUGUUGAAGAUGGGGUUGUCCGGAUCAGCAUGCUGCACUACAAUACCGAGGGCGAAAUUACUUCACUUGUUGAGCUGCUGCGCGAGAUCAUUGCAACGAUUUAGAAUCUUCUGAGAGCUACAUCGACAAUGCAUGAAAGGGUCUGGUCCUAAAGGGCCAAACCUGUGGAGAUGCAUCGUCCUGCGGUCAUAUCAUCCUCCACAACCAGCUUUGAUUAAAUAGACAACAGGCAGCAUCAGGUAGCAGACCAGUUGGACUAAGACACUGCUGCCUUGUUUGAUAUAGUAUCCUAGUCUGAGAGACUUUUGUCAAGUACCAAUAGCCAAUAUCAACGUCAUGAGUAGUGCAC